AUGUGUGUGCCAUGUGAGAAGAGGAUCCGGUUCGGGAAGAUGGCCGUGAAGUGCAGGGACUGCUUUGUGGUAGCUCAUCCCGAAUGUAAACAGAAGUGCCUGGACUGCUCCUCUGCCUCUGCCUCAUGUGGAGCUCAUGGAUCUGAAGUACCUCAACUCAAUAUUCCCAAACGUUCCAACCUUGCUUUGUUCUGUUUGUUCAAAAUAAGCAUUUCUCAUUCAUUUGCAGGACACGUUAGAGAGAUUUGCCCCACCUACCCAGCCUAGGAUCCCUCAGAUAAUUGUUCAGUGCGUGAAUGAAAUUGAGAAAAGAAGAUUGGAGGAGCUGUUAUUCUCAAUCUGGAACAGUUUCUAUUCAGACACAUUUAUAUUUGACUAGUUACCAACAUGCUUGACUUCCUCCUCCCUCUGUUAUUGCAGAAAGGCAUCUACCGUGUUCCUGGGUGUGAGCGUAUGGUAAAGGAGCUGAGGAAGAGAUACAUUAACGGGAAAGGGCCGCUCAUGCCCAGAGUGGAUGAGAUCCACGUUGUCUGUGGACUUCUCAAGGACUUCCUGAGGAAACUGAAGGAGCCUCUCAUCACCUUCAGGCUGCAUAGAACCUUCAUGGAGGCCUGUGGUAUGUGAUCACAUUUAAUGACAUGGUUGGGGUCAAUUUGGAAUUUCUGAAUGUAAUUAAAUUCAAACAAUGAAUUUGAAUUGGCCACACCUCACAGCAAGCAUAAUUUGAAUUGGAAGUAGAAUUGAAUUCAAAACAAUUCAAACCAAUUUAACUGAGACGUGAAACAUGAAAGUCUGAUUCAGUUGACAAAUAUUUUAUCAAAAGGAUAUGCCACUUAUUAUUUCAAAGAAUACAAAAAUAAAGACAAUGGUGAUGUGUAGAAUAAAUAACCCAUUUUAAUUUUGUUUUACAGUCAUCAGGGAAUUGUCAGAUAUUACAACAAGGAAAUAACCAUCUGCCCUAAAUGGACCAGGUUAACGCAUUCUCCAACAAUUGAUACCUAAAGGUUUGCGAGGUGAUUUUGAGAUGCUCAUUAAAUAUCCAUCCAUGAGCAUUACUGCCAAAUGCACUGCAUCAAUCAUUAUAUUAAUGUAGAUUACAUAGUUCAGAUACAUUAGUGUGGCAUCAAACCAGAGGCCAAAUCAUUGUAAAUCUUUGAGUGCAAUAUUCAAAGUCUCCCAAUUACAUAAAAAUGCAUGACUAUAAAGUGAAAAUUCUACUUAAGUGGAAGUUAUGAUUUGCCCAACACAAUAAACAGCCACAUGGUAAUUGCUUAUCAUUAACAGGGUUGGGGUCAAUCUCUGAAUUCAAAGGUGGAACCUAAACGUGCAUUUCCUCUCUUGGACAGGAAAUGACGUUGAAAUAGUGGCGGAAACUUCCUCGGGGGGAGGGGGUCCUUUAAUUACGAUUAAAUUCUUGAAUUGGCCACACCUCACAGGAAGCAUAAUUGUUUUAAUUGAAUUUGAAUUAAUGAAGUUUAAUUUAAUUCAAUGAAAUUCAAAUUGAUUAUUUAUUCUACACAUCACAAUAGUGUUUAUUUUUUGUAUUCUUUGCAAUAAUAAGUGGCCUAUCUUUUUGAUAAAGAUUUGUCAAAUGAAUGAGACUUUCAUGUUUCACGUCUCAGUUAAAUUGCUUUGAAUUGCUUUGAAUUAAAUUCUAAUUCCUACAAUAAAAAUUAUAUUAAAAUUCUGCUUCCUGUGGAGUGUGGCCAAUUCAAGAAUUUAAUUGUAAUUAAAGGACCCCCCCACCCAGAGGAAGUUGCCGCCACUAUAUCAACAUAAUUUCCUGUCCUAUAGAAGAAAUGCUUGUUUAGGUUCCACCUCCGAAUUCAGAAUUGACCCUAACCCUGUUUAAUGAUAAGCAAUUACCCUACGGCUGUUUGUGUUGGGCAAAUCAUAACUUCCACUUAAGUAGAAUUUUCUCUUGUUUGAAGCCACACUAAAGUAUCUGAACUAUGUAAUCUACAUUAAUAUAAUGCUUUAUGCAAUGCAUUUGGCAGUAAUGCUCAUGGAUGGAUUUUUAUUGAGCACCUCAAAAUCGCCACGCAAACCUAAUAUCUGACAACUCCCUGAUGACUGUAAAACAAUCAACACUCAAUAUUUCUCCCAGCCCAGUUUGUUUACUUCCAGCAUAUUAAUUUCAAUCUUAUAUAUGGUCUUGAGUGAAGAGUAAGUGGUAAUUUGCGGUAUGCCAGGAAUGAUCCCAUGUAAAUCAGUCUCUCGCUCUGCCUCAUAAAAGCUGAUUGACUUCAGGACAUAGCACCAACCCUUUUGUAAAUUGCAUUGAGAUGUCUGAAGGAGCCCAGGGCAUAUGCCAUCCACAAAACUGCUAAUGCUACAAAGAACUAUAAUGUAGACACUGUCUCUAGAGGCCUUCUGAGUCAUAAUGGAGUGAGUGAAUCAACAAAGAGAUUAUAAUUACUAGAGGGAGUGUAGAUUGAGGUAUAACGUUACUGUAUGUCUCUCAGCAUUUUUUUCUGCUGUUCUUUGUCCUAAGGGCCUCACUGAUGGGAUGUGUAUCACUUACAGAGAUUACAGAUGACGACAACAGCACAGCAAUAAUUUACCAGGCCAUAGCGGAUCUGCCGAAGCCCAAAAGAAACACACUGGCUUUCCUCAUGCUUCAUCUGCAGAGGUAACACCUACGGGUGAUGGGAUACCUCUUUGUGUCUUAAGAGUGAUUAUUCGUUUUUUCUCCCUGAGAGGGUACUGAUUUGCAGUGAACCAUUUCCUCAACUUAUAGUUCCAUAAAUGACGAAUUCCAUAACUUGUCAGGAUAUUGAGCAAAAUUUGACCACUGAGAUGCAGGUUAUUGCAAGAGUAAACAGGAAGUCUAUUUUCAGUAACAGAGGUUAAUGUCUUCUUAAUAAGAAUAUUGUACACUGCCUUACUGCCCACUGUAGUCCUACAGAGCCAAUUGUGUCAAAUGGACCAGAACAAUUUGUGCAGGGUGUUUGGACCAACCAUUUUGGGACAUGGAAUGGCAGAGCCCUUCCCAAUGACCAUUAUGAGAGAAACAAACACUCAGCCAAAGGUGGGCACUGUCCUGCGUAUAAAUGUGAUGCAAUUGUGAUCUUCACUAUUUUUUUUAUUUUUUUUAAUCAAGUGCCACAUUGAGUAUUUCCAACAAUCUGGUCCUUUCAGUGCUGUAACAUUUCUGCAUUUUUGCAAUGUCACCCAUGUAGAUGAAUUCGAUAUGUGUGAUGCCUCUGCAUUUGUGAACCAGGUUUCUGUUGAUUUCAUCAUCUCUCUCAGGUCACAUGCUGAAUGCUGUCAUUCCCUGCUUAGUACUGGAAACGCCACCUCAUGGUGGAGAGGGACCAGGUUAUAUCAUCAGUGGUCGAUGCCAACAUCAGCCACAGCAUAGACAGAGGUAAACAAACAACCUGACACCAAACUCAGCUGCUGUGUGCUAUUGAAAAACUCAGUCAAUGAUGACUCAACAGCCCUUGCCCAAAUGUCACUGGGGUUAAUGUGUCAGCUUUAAUGUACAUGAUGCUGGAUUAUGACAAAAGCUGAAUCAUCAUGGUGCCUCCAACAUGUUUCUACCAUCUCUUCAGAUCGUCUGUUUAAACCGCUGAUUUCCCCUGAGCUGAGUAAAUACCCUAAGACUCCUAGCUGUGGUUCCCUGAAGGGCAUAAUGAAGAAUGGCUUCAAUUUGCAGUAG